AAACAUUCAUUAAUGAGCUUCAAUGUGGCAAGCAGGUGGUUAGCUAGUCACCACUGUUUCCAGUCUUCAAGCUAAGCUAGGCUAUAGGUGUUAGCUGGAGUGAGUCAGUGCUCACUUACAGUUCACCACAGUGGGGAAUAUUUGAAUCACUUUCCUGACAGGAGCAUGGAAAGAUCUUCACCGCUGUUAUUUCUGUUAGAUAUCAAGCUACAGACAACAGCCAGUUAGCUUAGCCUAGUAUAAAAGUAUGGGGUUCAUGUGCAGGGCAGCUUGUUGGCUAGAAGUGAAUAAAUACCAUAUUUAACCCCACUUAAACCCAGAAAUUGUAGCUUUUGCACAGUUUUAAAGCAGGUGAAACAAACAACAAGUGGCUGGUAGGAGUCUGACGGAGAGAGUGACUUAUCCUCUGAAGAUGAGGGAGACAUUCAGUUUGAGAUCCUGGAAAUGCAGAGGGAUGAAGCCAAUCAGAGACUGUCUGAACUGGAGGAAGUCUCCAAUCAGCUCCUGAAAGAGAUUAAUGUGCUGGAGAUGCAGUUCCAGAUUGAGCGAUCCUGCAGGGAGACUGCUGAGGCGCUGGCUGUCAAAGUGACCAAAGAGAACAAAGUCCUGAAGAGGAAGAGCCAGAUGCUGAUGCCGCUCAUCCCCGAGCUGCCAGAAAACUUCUCCGCUGUGACCUUUGACCACAAGGCCGACCCCGCUGUGAACUGUGACGUGGUCGAUUUUGGUGCGGAGAGCAGCGACGAGACGCUGCUGCUGGAGAGUCAGGCCAAGAUUGCAGAGCUGCAGGCGUCAGUGGACGGUCUGCUGGCCGAGAAGCUGCAGCUCGAGCAACAGGUGGAGAAUCUGACCAGAGAGCAGGUCCAGCUCCGAGAGCAGCUAGUUCUGGAGGUCCAGGAGAAAGAAGCCAUACUGCUGAAGAUGACGAAGCAGAGCAAGACCAUGAAUAAAAUCAAACGAGUCUCCCAGCUUGUCACGGAGGAGUUCACGGAGAUGUCUCAGAAGCUGGAGCUGGAGACGGGCCUCCGGCAGCACGCUGAAGUCUUCGCCCACCAGAUGAUGGCGCAACAGACGGGGGCCCACAGCCGGAGCGUGGAGCCGGAGCAGAGCUCAGAGACUGGCCUGCGGCUGCUGUGGGCGCUGGAGCAAAUCCCCGCCAUCAGCGCUGCCCUCUGCGACAUACAAUGCUAUUACCGGGAACAGAGUCAGAGUGCCGCGGAAGACGGCGGCGUCCUCUCCGAGCUGCAGAAGCUGAGAGAGCAGCUGGGGGAGAGCGAGGAGAAGAGGAAGGCUGCAGAAACUCAGCUGUCUGAGGCUAAAAGCUCUGUCAUACAGUUCCAGGAGCGAGUGAAACAGUUACAAGAGUCGCAGAACAAGGAGGACAAAACUGAUCAACCAGAGGAGGAAUCCACUCCCGCUCCACCUCCACCUCCUCCUCCACCACCUCCUCCACCACCUCCUCCUCCACCUCCCACUACCACUACCAAUACACUUGAUUUCCUGAGAAGCAGGAGGAAGGAUAAAGCUAGAAACGCUGAUCAAAAAGAGGCAGCACCUGCAUCCAACAUAAAGGCAAAAGCAGUGGAAGAAAUGAUGGAGAGAAUAAAGCAUGGCAUCAUCCUGAGGCCCGUCAAGAGAACACAGGAGGAAGAUGGUGCAUGGAAGGACCAGAAGAGAGACAGCAGAAAAUCUGCCAUCCUGGAGUUACAAGGAGUGCUGGACAACAUUAAACGCCAGCCCCACCGCAGGAUACCAUCCAGGAGGGGAACCGGACGAAAUAUCGGGGAGGCGGAGCUCCUGCAGGUUCUCCAGCGGAGGAGGAGAGCGAUGGGAGAGAACCGGGACCUGAUCUCCUCAACGGAAACACAGAACCCCCAGUCAGGUCCGCAGGGUGCCCCAGCGGCAGCAGACGUUCCCUGGGCGGGCGAGAGCGGCAGCGCCCCUGUGCUCCGGAGGCUGAGGCAGAACAGAGAGAAGAGAGACUCUCGCAUCAGAGCUUCAGCGCUGAUCAUCAGUCAAGACAACUGAAGGCACAUACAGGGAGAAAUAGUUUUUAAACAUCGCUGUAGUCGAAGUGUCAUUGCUUUUUUUUACAUUCGAUGAUGUACCAAAGAUGAGUUUGUUGAGUAAACUUCACCUGCAAUGCUUCUUCUUAUAUUAGCAACCUCCAGAAUAUCACUAUAUAAGACUUCACAUGAACUUAUUGUAUCUCAUGUGUUGAAUUAAUACUCUGAUCCCUCACAAUAAACUCAGAUGAUAUUGCUCCGUUGAAAA